AUGGGACGCGGCAAGGAGGACCAGCCGUCGGCGACACAUGACAUUAGCCGUACCAGCUUUCACGUGAAGCAUAUCGGCGCUUUUGCUCGGAGACUCGAAGAUGUUGGUCCACUCACUCACCAACACUCCCUACUCAUACACUUCAAGAGACUAAUACCAGAUCUCACUCAGUCAGCGGCGCGGGCCUUUCCAAAUAGAGGCCGGACUUCUCAGAGAUACAAAAAGGUCCAGGCUCUACUCUUACACUGGGGCUCCGACGAUCUCUUUGUUCUUCCAGAAUUGGAAGAUCUUGAAAGGUGUCUUCGGGAGGACUACACCUUUGGAACCGAUAUAUUUGCCAUACCGUCAGAAAACUCGCAUUUGGAGCUGAUGAUGCGCGUUGGUCAGUUGAUCAGAGAACACGAAUCACAAGAUACCCUUUUCUUAAUAUACUAUGGGGGUCAUGCACGGAUUGACGAAUCGAGACAAAGCACUUGGUGCGCAACCCGGGAUGCAGAGUCUCCUUGGCUACAAUGGUCUGCUAUUCAGACGCUUCUUGAGCGAUCCAAGUCGGAUGUUCUUAUCCUUCUGGAUUGCUGUGCCGGAGCUGCCAGCGCGACCUUCCCCAACGGCAACAGCAUUACAGAGACAAUCUCGGCUUCAAGUUGGGAUGCUAUAGCUCCAGAUCCUGGGCGAUACUCUUUCACAAACGCUCUGAUUGAGGUUCUUCAGGAAUGGCGCCUACGAAGUUUCUCGGCCGCCAUGCUUCAUGCAGAGGUCUUGGCGCGCCUCAAGCACCCUCGUCCCAUUACGAUCAACGGGAAGCAUUUUGAAGCACGGUCAACCCCUGUUCACUUCAUGAUGACGGCCAACCACAAAGCCCCUAGCAUUGAGAUGACACGAUUGCUUCCGCCCGAGAAGGCCCCAGAACCGAUGACUUCUCAUCAUGCUCCGCCAUUACUAACAGGACGAGCCGCAGACUCGGGAGAUCCUGUCGCCAAUGGUCUUGCUUCGAGCGAGCCUAAUGAAGAUGCACCCCACGUAAUGAUAUCACUGGCAUUGGAAGAUGACCAGCGUCUAGACAUCAAUGCCUGGGAGCAGUGGCUGAAUGCUUUUCCCGCCAUGGCAAAGUACGUCAAAGUCCAGGGCGUUUUCAAGAGUCAUUCGACCAUGAUGCUCCUUUCCAUACCCGUCAUGGUCUGGGAUCUCUUGCCUGAAGACCCCGCCGUGUCAUUUGUCGCAUUCAUUCGGUCCAACAAUUUGGCUAUCCAAAGACAACAACAACAGCCCCAGCGCAUGCUCGUCCCAUGUGCCGCUCAGCAGCGCCAGAGAGAACUGGCCAAUGACACAUAUUCCUUUGUUACCGGCGUGUCAGGUACAACACUUGCUGCUACGGAACAUGUGUCUCUCCAGUCUCCGUCCAGGGCAGCGGCAUAUGGUUCCUCCUCAAGAGAGUCUGCCUAUGGUAGCUCACGCAUUGCAUCCGCUAGUCAACCGCCAACGCCGGCGGGGCCAGCUUCUCCCCUAUCUUCAUCCCCCGGCAGUCUUCAACGGUCAAUGGGACCAGUGGCUUCUAGUACGUCGCUCAGCUCACUGCAGCGGCAGGCAACAGGCCCUCCCAUGAGCAGUGGUAACCCUAUCAUUACCCGGCAAAUGAUUUUGAAUCAGCAGCAAUCCAUGAGAAGAACUACAUUCGGCGACAACGUCCCCGAGCCGAAGAAAUUCGCAUCCCAUGUAGAGCAGCGGUUGGAAGAGUACUACCAAGAACAGCCUCUUCCCAACGAUGCUCAGAGUGCUUUCCUAGCGUCUAAUUUGGGUAUUGAACUAUGGCACCUCGAGGUGUGGUUCCAUCAUCGCCGAGAGAGGGAUUUAAUAUCCAACAAACUGGCCAACAUGAAGCUCAAGGAUGUUGUAUACGAAGCCACUAAUGGGCCGAGAAUGAUCUUGGCUGCCGAUCUGAGCCGGCUGUUAGAACUUUCCCUACCCGGAGAUGCAUUACUAUUUGACCUGAGAUCAUCUAUCGAGUAUGAGCGGUCGCACAUUUACGGAGCAAUUCAUCUUCGCACUCCAAGAAGUUUUCUCCAAUCUGCGCCGUUGGAUCUGAUUGAGCAUGCUAUACCCGACGAACAAGGAAGAAAACAGUUAUCACAGUGGCCCACGGCCAAGUGUAUUGUCUUCUACGGUUGUGGACUGGAAUCUGCAUGGGAGUGUCCCGCUGCAGAACUCAUCGUUCGAAAGUUGCGGGAACACGGGUGGGUGGGACAAUGUUUCAUCCUACGCGGCCAUUACCGAGAAUUCUGCCAGACUUUUGACAAGUAUAUUGUUGGGACUAAGAUGACACAGCAAGCCAAGGAUUGGGUCAGCAGCCAAGCGACAGUUCUGACGACGGAGACGGACAGACAAACGAUUGAGGAGGAGUACUCGUCUUGGCUAGACCAAGUAGAGAGCGAAGACCGGGCGCGACCCUUGUCCACCUCUCCUACACAAACGCCGGAGCGAUUUGAAGCGCUGGAGUCCCAGGAAAAAGAUCUAGAAGCCGAGUUUAAAGCUCGCUGCGGGGCUUUAUUCAGCAAAGCAAUGGAUAUUCAACAGAGUAGUUUGGGCGCGGAUGACUUCCAGGCGAAGGCCGCCCUGGUGGAAUAUCUUGACCGUGGCUUGGAGAAGAUGCGCUCCGUGCAAGCUUUUCCGCCAUUCGCAUUUGCACCUGGCCAUUCAAAGAUGCCCUCAGAAGACUACGGCGAGGGGUUCUUGAGCAAACGACAAGAACAAGAUUUCGACGCCGAGUAUGUCGAAGUGACUAAAGAUGGCUCGACGCAAGGAGCUUCACCGUCUCGAAUCUCAGACUCCCCGGAGUCAAACGUGCCCGGGGAUAACACAGGCAUCCGCGGGGGCAGCCUCUUGCACAAGAUGUUCCGGCGGUGA